AUGCAGCCACACUCCCAGGCCUCUGUUCUCGCGGUGCUGUGUGCACUCUCGAACCUGUACUGGGUUGGGCUGCGAUCGGCGGAGCCGAGCCGCCCCGUCCAGCUCGACGAGCCGCUGGACGCCGCGGCAGCUGCCUUGGGGGCCGCGGACGCGGCGGAGCGGGCGGAGGCCGCCUCGGGCGAGGCAGGCGCCGCGUGCGAGAGGACAGGCGCCCGCCUCGACCUGCUCGAGGCCCGCGUCUCCGAGCUCGCCGAGCUGCUCAGGCUGCUGGGCGCAGGCCGGGAAGUGUACUUCAGCCAGGACGGCCAGUCCGUCGCGGCGGCGGAGUGGUGCGGUAAGUUGCUCGCGGGCCUCCACGUGGCGAUCUUCUAUACGGGCGACCCCGACUAUUGGCACGAACGAGUCCAGCUGUGGCCUGCUAGUCCCGACCUACCCCCUACGAGAUGGUUCGUGGCCACGCCUGACGGAGACAUAUACGCCGAGCCGAUCAGGUCUGGCAUGGGCUGGGGAUCUCGCUUCGCCAUCCUGGACUCCACAGGCGGCAAUGCAGUCAUCCCGCCGGGAACGCUGUACGCCUUCGAGUCGCUGCCCAGCGACGAUGACCUCGCGCGGCAGAUCACCGAGGCCAUCGAGGAGGCAACGCUCGACGGGAUCCGCAUCGCCGCGCAGGAUGAGCUGAAGUACCUUCGGCGUGACGGACGAGAGGUGUCGCAGCCAGUGCUGGGAACGGACACGCCAGGCGGCGGGCAUGUGCCCGAGCCUGGGCGCGUCUGGGUCAGCCUCGAGACGGUGCCUGGCCAGAUCGCCCGCGAUGAUGAGGUGAAGCUCAGCGAGUCCGCCCUGAUCGAUGACGACCGUGCCAUCCAUGUCCUGCCCAGCGGCAAGCGCAUUGCCGCGCGUCUGGCUGACCUCCCCGUGGAAUCGCUGAUUGACGAGUCGGGCCUGGGGGAUGCCAGAACGCUGGGGCCGCUGCGCUAUGACUCCCAUGGGCAGCGAUAUCUGGACUACCGCACGGGUGUCCCUGAGCUCCGCGAGGAGGCCCUGGACGCGUUCCCGCUGAAGGGAGAACGAUCGUUCUUGUGGCUUCAGCGGUGCAUAACCGAGCAUGGAGGCACGCCCGACGGCCGCCACACCAAGUACCUCACGGAGGAGCCCCUGCAGCCCGACAGCACGGCGGGCCACCUCCAUGACUUGCUGGGGCUCUCCAUGUUUUUGAGCAUGGUGUACGACCAGGUCGACGGGUCCAACUUGGCAUGCAUGGAGAUGGUCGCCAGAUGCUACCAGCUGGUGGAGGAGACGAAGGGCUCCAUGCGCACCGAGGGCCUGGAGUACUACAUCGGGCGCGACCAGGGCGGCGCCACUCGGCGUGGCAUCGCCAUGGCGCAGGGACUGGCGCGCCACGCGACCGACCAGCUGGCAAAGAAGGUGGAGAUCGCCAAGCAGCGCCGCAACUUCAGGGAGGGGCAGGCGGCGAAGCGCGGCGAGGGCAGCCACAACAACAACAAAAACAAUGGCAAGGACAAGGACGAGGCGAACAAGGACAGUUCGCCAGCGGGGUGA